AUGGAGACCAAGAGAGCAAGGGCUCUCUACAAUGUGGCCACUGAGCUGAUUUUCCUUUUAGACCUGGCACAAGAGGAGAGGCAGUUAACUGAUGAAGAAAACACUCUUAGAAAGAUGCUCAAGCUAAAGCUUCUGGGGUUUGCUGCUGUGGAAAGAAUGCGGUGGCGCCAGCGCUCACGCCGAAGCUCUGGGUCUGCCUUUCGUGCCGCCGUGCUCACAAAGGGGGGCAUCUUCCCACUUGGCUGCGUACCCACAGUGCUCACGAAGCUUGCUAGCCCAAACAAGGUGGAUUACUAUCGGAACGGAUGCCUGAAGAGUGCGAACAGGCUGGGGCGCUACCACAACUCUCUCCUCCGCCAGCGGAUCAAACUGCUCCGGCACAAGUACCCCCAUGCGAAGAUCAUUGCCGCUGAGUACUACCGACCCGUCCUUGCAUUUCUAGAUAUGCCGGGGUAUUUUGGACUGAACAGCAACACAACCCUCCUCACCUGUUGUGGUGCCGGAGGACCUCCUUAUAACUACGACUUCAACUCGGAGUGCGGGUGGCCAGGUGUGAUGGCGUGUGCAGAUCCAUCUCAGGCCCUUCAAUGGGAUGGUUUCCACCUCACGGAGUCUGCCUACAGGGCCGGUGCUGAUGGCUCCUUUUUCUACUAG